AUGACUCCCAGCAACCAGCCAUCGCCAGCCAUCGCCAGCCUCGCAACUCGCUCGACCAGGUCACGAGCAACAGGGCACAAUAAUGCCAAUGCUCAUGCUGCCAUGGCAGUAGAUUAUCUCCUCUCACCGACCGUUGGCAUUGUCAGUGCAAUCCAAGUUGAGGUGGCGACGAGGGAUUUCGACAGGACGACGAUCAGCUGGUACCACCGCCUCGGCACAUACGAUAAUGACAACGAGCAACUGUCAACUAUCAUGUGA